AUGGAGAAACACCUUGAAAGAACAUCAAAGGAAAACUGCGAGGCUGAGUCCUCAAAACGUAAGCGGGAAGGCUCCAUAGUUUGGCAGCAUUUCGAGAAAACCAACGACAGGACAAAGGCGAUAUGCACUUACUGCGGAAAAAUUUUAAAAACGGCAGCCCACACGACUAACCUCACGGACCAUUUAAAACGCAUACAUCCCAAUCGCCUCACUGCAGAGAAACUUCCUGUAUCAACAAAGUUGGAUGCAUUUUUACUUCGUGAUGUGCAGUACCCAGCUGAUUCUAAGCGUAAGGAAGAACUGGACAAACAUGUAAUGCGUGUGAUUGCACUAGACGUGCAACCAUUUAGUAUUGUGAAUGAUACAGGAUUCCGUGCAUUGAUGCAUAAAAUGGAUCCCCGAUACAAAUUACCAUCCAAAACAUACCUUCGAGAUGUAUCGCUUCCCAAAGUUUACGAGUCUUUAAAAGGCCAACUACAGUCAGCCUUAGAAUGUGUGGAGUAUGUGGCAAUCACAACAGACGGUUGGACCUCCAAGGCGAACGAGAGCUAUUUGACCAUAACCUGCCAUUUUAUUAAUACGGAAUUCCAGCUAAAUUCAGCAGUUUUGUCAACAUCGACCCUUUCAACGUCCACUAACCACACUGCUGCGAAUAUUGCAGACUCAAUUCGCGUGGUUUUGACGGAGUGGGGUCUGAUGGGAAAAGUGGUUUCUAUAGUGACCGACAACGACAGCACCAUGAAGAAAGCGUGCGAGCUUCUGGAGGUUAAGCAUUUUCCAUGUUUCGCGCACACUGUCAACUUGCUAGUUCAAGAUGUCCUAAAACUUGAAAUUCUUGGACCUAUUUUGACUAAAUGUAAAUCUAUUGUUUCCUUCAUGAAACGCAGCACUACUGCAAUGGCUAAAUUUAAGCAGGCCCAAAAUAUUGAAAGCCCGCUUGGCCUGAUUCAGGAAGUGUCAACUCGAUGGAACAGUGCCUUUCAAAUAAUAAAAAGGCUUUUAGAAACGAUGCAAGCAUUGUCAUCUGUCUUGUUGUGUACGCCUAAGGCUCCAGUGCCAUUUUCCGCCGAGGAAAUCGAUAUUUUAAACGAACUAACGGAACUUCUUUCUCCGUUCCAAGAUGCAACUAUAGCCACUUCCGGCAGCAAGAAUGCGACAAUUUCUCUCGUUAUUCCCCUAACACGCGAGCUUCAUCAAAAACUGCAAAAUUUGAGACCUAAUCUUAAAACUGCAGAAGUUGUCUGUGCCUUCGAAACUUUAAGUAGCCGUUUAAAUGAUAGAUUCGCCCACUACGAAACACGCACUGUUCCCCGAAUAACAACCCUGAUUGAUCCUAGAUUUAAAAAGGAUGGUUUUAAAUCGUCUUCAAAUGCAGAUCAGGCAGUUAAGGCUUUGGAGCAGGAGAUAUACACCGCUUUGCCAAGUACUUCACGGGAGCAGCCAACACCACCCGAACCUUCGCAGAAACCACAUUUUUCUUUUCUGCAAAAUAAAAUUAAGGCAAAAGUUAAAUCUUCUCGAGCGGAUGCGAUUAUAAUCCUGCGACAGCAUCUGGAAAAUAUAAAUGAACCGGAGGAAUGUGAUCCUCUCUCAUUCUGGAAG